AUGGAAUUUGAUGAAUGUCUGAGCUAUGAUGAGCAUAUUACCCACGUGGUCUCAAAAUGUACAAAGUCUCUUUGCCAGAUUAAUCGAGUUAAACAUAUUCUAGACCGCACCUUGAUUGCGAUCAUAAACGCCUUGGUCUUCAGCAAACAUUGUUAUUGUUCAUCUGUGUGGGCAAAUACGUCUAAGAAAAAUAUUGCCAAACUACAAACUGUGCAGAAUUUUGCUGCACGAAUUGUCACAGGCACGAGAAAGUAUGAUCAUAUUACACCCGUGCUACAACAACUAAACUGGCUACCUGUUUCUUAUAUGCUGCGAUAUAAAGAUACUGUUAUGGCUUAUAAGUGUCUUGAAGGAUUAGCACCACCAUACCUUGCAAGAAGAUUCACAUCUAGAUCCCAGACACAUGGUCGGGCGACAAGACAAAUGGAUGAAUUGAUCUCCCAUUUUAUCGGACAGUUGCUG